GUGGGCGGUGCGCUUGUUUGAGUGGGCGGAUCGACGAAGCCACUGACACGUACGAAUGCUUCAAUAAUUCCGAGGAAGGUGAAGCGAUAAUGCGAUACAUUCUAUCCAGGUUACGUUAGUAAUAAAAUUGCUUUCUUAAUGUGCGCCUUUCUCUUCAAAUCACGCUUAAAGAGGGCGGUUAAUACACCAAUAGUCGGAAUACGAUGAGGUUUUCUAUGUUGAUCGGUCUGUUAAGGCCAAUCGGGCCGGUUGUUAUCGGGAUCUCUUUGGGAUUUACUCUGAGUUUGUUGAGUGUGAGCUGGAUAGAGGAAAGCUGUGAAAUAAACACUUUAGGAGAUGAAGGGAUGAUUUUAUCCCAGGAUGGAAAUCUGAAAGGAGCACGGAAACCCAACUCCAUUUCCACUGGAAGCGAUGGUGACGAGGAUGAGGAGGAAGAUUUUCAGCCGAAAAUUAUCCCGUACAAACCAAUAAAACAGACUCAGCCCAAGAAACUUUUCAGAGCAAAAUACAUCAGCACAGAGCUGGGAAUCCGAGAGCGUCUUUUUGUGGGAAUACUCACCUCCAAAAACACCAUCAACACUCUGGGUGUGGCCGUCAACCGCACCAUCAGCCAUCAUCUGGACAAUGUUGUCUUCUUCACCGGCGCCCGAAGCCGCAAAACGCCCCACGGCAUGUUCGUGGUCACCCACGGUGAUGAGCGCCUCAUCUGGAACAUGUUCCAAACAAUCAAGUACAUUCUAGAACACUACAUCACAGAGUACGAUUGGUUCUACCUCGCUCAGGAUGACACGUACACACAAGCAGAUCGGAUCAAGGCUCUGGUGGAGCACUUAAGUAUGGACCGGGUGCUCUACAUGGGCAGCCCGGAGGAGUUCAUAGGUGGUGAGAUGCAGGGGCAGUAUUGCUACGGGGGUUUCGGAUACCUGCUGUCUCGCAGUCUUUUGCUGAGGCUACAGCCCUUCCUGGAGAACUGCAGGAAUGACAUCCUCAGUGCCAGACAUGACGAAUGGCUUGGGCGAUGCAUCAUUGACUAUGCUGAUACCAACUGUGUGGAGGAAUUUGAGGGGAUGAAGUAUGACUAUUAUGAAAUGGGCAAAAAUUCAGACCCCAGUAAGGAAGAUAAUGAGGAUUUUAACAACGCCCUGACCGUCCACCCAGUGUCUGAUCCCGAGCAGAUGUACAGACUACACAAACACUUCACUGAGAUCGAGCUGCAGAAGACAUACCAGGAGAUUGAAAAACUGCAGGCUGAAAUAAAAAACGUGAGUGUGGUGGCUUUCGACGGCAACCGUAGUGCCAUGUGGCCUGUUGGAGUCAAUCCUCCCUUCGAGCCCAAAACACGUUUCGAGGUUCUCCGGUGGGAUUACUUCACUGAGGAUGAGGUAUUCUCUUGCACUGAUGGGUCGCCGAAGUGCGAGCUCAGUGGAAUCGAUAAACUGGACGUAGCCGAUGUCAUCGAGACGGCUAUGGGUGAGCUGAACAAGAAGUACAAGCCCGUUCUUCACCUAAAGAAACAGCAACUAAUUAAUGGAUACAGGCGCUUUGACCCAACCAGAGGGAUGGAGUACACGCUGGAUCUACAGCUGGAGGUGGUGAACCAGAAAGGACACAGUCGAUCCAUCACCAAAAGGGUGCACUUGGUGAGGCCACUCAGUCGCAUUGAGAUCAUCCCAAUGCCUUAUGUUACCGAGGCAACCAGGGUCCACAUCAUCUUACCUGUUACUCAUCAAGACAGAGAGCUCGUUCACCAGUUUUUGGAAGUGUACGCCCAAAACGCCUUUGAGACCAGUGAAAAUGCCAUCUUGACGUUUCUUUUCAUUUACGAUCCAAUCGAGGCCCAGCAGGUCAACCAGAAUGACAUCUUUGCCAGCAUCAAAGCGCAAAUCAACGCCUAUGAGCACAGAUAUCCCACAGUUAAAGUCCCCUGGAUCAGCGUUAAAAGCGAAAGUCCCUCUCAAAUCAAGUUAAUGGACAUCAUCUCCAAGAAGCACCCGGUUGACACUCUGUUCUUCAUCGCCACUGUGCAAACCAACAUCAACUCCGAGUUCCUCAAUCGCUGUCGGAUGAACUCCAUAAACAACUGGCAGGUGUUUUUUCCCAUCCACUUCCAAUACUUCAAUCCCAGCAUCGCUUAUCAUAACCAGCCUCGUCCCAACACGGCUGAUCUGAUCAAAGAGACUGGUCACUUCGAUCGUAGCUCCUUCAACGAGGCGUGUUUUUACAACUCGGACUACAUGGCGGCGCGGACACGCAUGUCCUCGGAUGUCCAGGAGAACGAGGAGAUCCUGGAGAGCCUGGAUAUAUAUGACAUGUUCAUAAAAUACUCUAACCUGCAUGUUUUCCGAGCGGUGGAGCCGGCCCUUCACGAGAAAUAUAGUUACCAGCCUUGUAAUCCACGUCUGAGUGAAGAUAUCUACCAGCGGUGUGUACAGAGCACCCUGGACAGCCUCGGAUCACGCUCUCAGCUCGCCAUGUUGUUGUUUGAACAAGAGCAGGGCAACAGUACUUAACACCAAAACUCAAAUAUUGAGCGAGUACUAGGAGGUGAUAACUCCUCCACCCCGUACAAUGGACUGAAACUUGAGUGGAAUUUGCUCUGAGUCAGAAUGCAGUAAAAAAUGCUGUUGGUACCAAAGAGGGAAUGAAGACUUACAUUAUUGUUUAUAAUUGGUGUUUGUUUGUUUGAUUUGCAGCAACUUGCUUUGUUUUGGCAUUUAAACCAAGCCGUUUAAAAGAUCACUACCAUAACAUACGAUAAAACAUCACUGUGCCUUAAAAGUCAACUCUUUUGGCAUGUUCUUGUUGUCAUAGAUGUUACAUGUUUGCUCGUCUGUUUAAGUUAGCCAGUUUAGCUAUGUUUUAAACUUUAAAAUGUAUGUAUAUUUAAUAUAAUAGGGUUAUUACAAGAGAGAAGGAACCAUAGCCAGAUUCUGUGUUAUUCCAGUGAGUUUGUUGUUUUUAUAAAGCGUUUGUAAACGCUUCAUACACAAUUUAUGAACCUUGUUAGUGUUUAAAAAAGUAUGUUCAAGAUACUUUUAAAAAGUAAAAAAGACAUAUAGGGCCAAGUAACAAAUAUAUUUUUCAAACUCUUUACAAAUGUUUCAACCAGGAUAGCUGUAUUGUUAAUUUUUGCUUUGUUGUGAUUUAUUUUGAACAUGGAUACAUUUACAAAUACAUGUGCAUGUAAAUAUUUAUCAUUAAAACAGCCUGAAAAGAGAUUUUUCAAAUGAAGUAAAGUUUAUUAAAGUCUUGCACUAAUAAUUUCAUCGGACAUCUGCCUUAUGUCAAAACAUUUAAAUGUUUUAGUAUACUUUUUGUAUACAUUUUCACAAGAAAUAAUUCAGGGUGAGUUACAUUGGUUUAGUAGUUAGUUCCUGUGCUGAGGAGCGCAGUACCAGUGCAACACUUUUCAGAUUGAUGAUGUGCCCUGUUGAGUCUGCUUAAAGCCUGCUGAGGGAAACAUCCCAGAUAUGUUUAAUGUUAAAUAAUAGCUGCACUGUAAAAAAAACUUUGCUGCCUUAAAUUUUUUUUUAAAUCAACAAUGAUUUACAAGUCAUGUCAACAGAAAUUAGCUGUCACAACUUAUAAAAUAUAGUUGAGAAAAGUCAACUUAACAUUAUAAGUUAUAACAACUCACCUGUAGUUAUAACAACUCAUCUCUAGUCAAGAUAAAUAAUAGUAAGUUGAAAUGACUUGAAAAUCCGAGUUGAUUCAACAAAAACUUUUAAGGCAGCAAAGUAUUUUUUACAGUGUGUAAAAUUCCUUGUUGCACUUAAAUUUUUAAGUUUAAUUAAUUUAAAAUGACAAUUAAUUUUAACUUUCUUGACUAGUGUGGAGUUGCUAUACACUGAAAAAAAAAAAUUCAUUCAGUUUACUCAAUUUUUAAGGUAAGUGGUUGCAAUCAAUUUAUUUAAGCUACAUUUAAACUAAAGUAUUUUAUUUUACGAUUUUUGUUUAACAAUACAUUUGUUUAAAUGUAGCUUAAAUAAAUUGAUUGCAACCACUUACCUUAAAAAAUUGAGUAAAUUGAAUGAAUCAUUUUUUCAGUGUAAAUAAAAAAAUAAAGUUAACUUAAGCUAAUUCAACUUUAUUUUUAUAAUUUAUAGUAACUCAUCACAUGUCAAAAAUGUUGAAUGAAUUGUAAACCCUAGUUGAUUAAACUUAAAAAUUUAAGUGGUACAAGGAUUUUUUUACAGUGUAGGUUUCAAAUAUCUAAGAUGCACUCACCCGUUAUGUUUCACUACUCAUUAAAACACUUUUUUUCUGUGGCAAUACUAUGGGCUGUAUACAGUUAGAUUAUUAUGAAAAAAGUUGGCUUGUUUGUGUGGUACCUGUGUUUACUGUAUUCAUGUUGUGUUAAGAGAUUUUAAUUUAAAUCAGUCAUAAAUAUAAUGCAGUACACUGACGGGAUGGUGUUAUUCCUUAUCACAAUGCUGGAGAUGAAAAAGUGCUGUGAAAUAGGUUUUAAAACUUGAUGUUUUGUAUCUUUAUAAAAAUAAUACAUGCACAUUAUAAGAUUGAAUGCACAGAGUGUCACAGAUUGAAGCAGCUACUGGCCUUUAGGGGUCAGCAAAGGAUCAUGGGAUUUUGCCUGCUCUCCGAUGUAUGCUUUCACAGUACUGUUCUUUAACCUCACCUUUGAUAUUUUCUUUAUGAAUAUUCUCUAUAAAAUUACUGUAUUUUGUUCUGAUAUUAUUGUACAAAAUGUUUAAUAAAGACUUUGUAUGUUAUAUAUCAGAUAAA